AUGGCAAGCAAAGAUAACGAGAAAAGGAAAGAUGAGUCGAAUACAGAAAAACAGAAGACAAACAUUCAACAACCAGAAGUAGCUACCGCACCCAUAAUACAAGCUUCGGCGCUAGAUGGAUCAAUUUCGUCAGUACCUCAAGUAGUUACGAAUAAUCAAGCUCCACAUCCGUUGAGAAUAACAUCAAGGCCAUCUACGCCAGACCGAAAAGAAAAUUUUUCUGAGCUGCCUGUUUUACCUAGAAUACCGUCUGCAUCAACACCAAAGCCGCACGAAGAUUCAUCAGCAACUGAAAUUAGUCAGUCAACUCAGAAGAAAACUGUUGAAAAACCUGUUUUACCUAGGAUACUAUCGGCAUCAUCUCAGGUCGCCGCGUCAGCAGAUAUUCAACUAAAAGAAAAAGAUCGUGUGCCGUCUACCACUGAAAAAGAAGAUGCGAAAACUUGCGCUCCGCUACCGAUAGAAACACCAGCACCCCCUCAAAUUUCGUUGGUCACUCAAGAUUUGACAGCCACUUUAGCAACACCUCGUUCAACUGCACAGCUGAAUAGAAAAGAAAACUUCGGUGGUAUGCGACCGAUAUCAGACAUCUAUUCGUCGACUGCAGGUGUAGGGAAAAGAGAACGACGAGAAAGCAUGAGCAAAACGUCGAUUAUACCGCCAUCGCAUACAAAAUCUGAGAAACAAGAGGACGAAAUAUUUCUUACUGUUGGUUCAGAAUUAGAAGAGAAGGCGAAGGAAGCAGAUUCUACUGAUAAACCGGCUCGUCAUGCAGCAGUUGAUGUGGUGUGGUUGGAUAAUAAUGUCGACUCCACGAACAACAUACGUAUUCAACGAAGAAUUGCCGAAAAUGUACACACCCUGUCAUCGUUUACAGAUGCAGAGGAAUGUGAAAAAUUCAUUACAAAAGUUCAAGAUGGAAAAUUUUACCUAAUCAUAUCUGGUGAUUUAGGUGAACAAUUUCUAGAAAAACAUGUAAAAUACGGUAAUGUCUAG